CCCCCCACCCGCCGGUACCGGCGUGCUGAGUCCCGAACCCUCCCGGAACCACCCCCGGAACCACCCCCGAACCCUCCCGGUACCGGCUCGGGAUGGCCGUGACCUGAGCCCGGUGCGAUGGAGCGGCCCCGGUACCGGGAGGCGGCGCCCGGGGGCAGCGGGCCCGGGGGAGGCUCCAGCGCCGCCUGGAACGGGACCUGCGGCCGCCCCCACAACGGCACCGGCACCGGCACCGGCACGGCGGGGAGCGAGGACGAGAGCGGAGAGCGCGACACUCCUGUCCCCGGUCCCGGGGGUGUCCCCAACACCGAGAGUGUCCCCAGAACUGGGAGUGUCCCCAACCCCGGGACUGUCCCCGGUCCCUGGAGUGUCCCCAGCCCUGAGCGUGUCCCCAACUCCAGGAAUGUCCUCAGCUCCAGGAGUGUCCCCAAGACCGGGACUGUCCCCAGCCCUGAGCGUGUCCCCAACACCAAGAGUGUCCCCAACUCUGAGUGUGUCCCCAAACCUGACACCCCCAGGAGUGUCCCCAGCCCUGGCAGUGUCCCCACCCCUCAGGAUGUCCCCAACCCCGAGGAUGUCCCCACCCCUCAGGAUGUCCCCAACCCCAGGACUGUCCCCAGACUGUCCCCAGCCCCAGGACUGUCCCCAACCCCGAGGAUGUCCCCACCCCCAGGAUGUCCCCAACCCCGAGGAUGUCCCCAACCCCAGGAUGUCCCCAGCCCCAGGACUGUCCCCUCCCCCGGGGCUCACUGCGGCUGCCGCUGCCCCCCGGCCGCUCCCCCGAGCCCCUCCCGGGACCUCCCGUGCGGCCUCGGCUGCCGCCACCGCCGACCCCCGGAGGACCCCGGCGACCCCCGGCGCCAGCGCCGCGGCGACCCCGGCGACACCACCGCGAGGGGACAGCGGGGGUCCCUGCGGGUGGCCCGGGCGGGGGCCGCGCUCUGCCUGCGCCUCCUCGGGGCUCUCCUGGCGCUGCUCUUCCUCCUCCUCCUCCUCCUCCGCUCCUUCAUCCGCGGCGCCUGCGCGGGGCUCCGCCGCUCCCGGGAGCUGCUGGGCGAGCGGUUCCGCCGGCGGCCGAGCCGCGGUGGUGGCAGCGGCGAGGAGGAGGUGACACGUUUGGUGACAAUGGCCGAGGUGGCCGAGGAGGAGCUGGACCCGUUCCGGGUGCUCGGCGUGGAGCCCACGGCCACGGACACCGAGCUGCGGCGGGCGUACCGGAGGCUGGCAGUGCUGGUGCACCCCGAUAAAAGCCGCGACCCCCGGGCGGAGGCGGCGUUCAAGGUGCUGCGGGCGGGCUGGGAACGCGUGAGCAGCCCCGAGAGGCGGCGCGAGUACCAGGCGAAGCAGCUGGCGCAGGGGGAGCUGGCGCGGGCGCUGGGCGCGUUCCUGGGCCGGCUGCAGGAGGAGCUCAGGGACGCCAUGGACGCCAUGGGCUGCACCCGCUGCGGGGGGCGCCACAGGCGGUUCCAGCUGGACAGGGACCCGCGCGGUGGCCGCUGGUGUGGCCCGUGCGGGGGGUGGCACGCGGCCGAAGAGGGUGACCUGUGGGCAGAGUCCAGCCUACUGGGCCUCAAGGUCACCUACCUGGCCCGCAUGGACGGCCACAUCUACGAUGUCACCGAGUGGGCGGGCUGCCAGCGCGUGGCCAUCUCCCCGGACAGCCACCGUGUCCCCUACCACCUGUCCUUCGGCGCCAGGACGGCCACGCCGGCCGGACGCCAGCGGGCCCCCCCCAAGGGCAGCCCCCCGUCCCCCGCUGACCUCCAGGAUUUCCUGGCCCGCGUUUUCCAGGGAAAUCCGGGCCCGGAGGCCGGGGGGGCUUUCCCCGCCCCCCCCGGGGCUUCGGGACCCCCCCAGGGACCCCCCCAGCCCCAGGGGGGCCCCCCCAGGGGGGACACGAAGCACAAGAGGAGGAAGAAGGGGCGGCGGCCGCUGCCGCGCUGAGGAGA